AUGCACUACGAGCGCGAGGAAUUCGACGAGGACAUGGAACGCGUGAUUAUAAUCGUCUUGCAGACAUCCGCCGACAACAGCACCAGAUCCGCGUCUAAAACUUUCAUCGCUACUCCUGCGACACCUGCGGAUCGCAGCGGCGAGCACCUCGAGGUUGAGGAAAAAUUGUAA